AUGUCGUCAAUGAUCAACCAAAGUGGAAGAAGUAGAAAGAAAAGCGAGAGGAUAUUACUAAAGACGACAUUCAACAAAUUCACUAAUGAAGAAUCCAAUCCAUUGCUUAUUGAUAUUGAAGAUGAAGACACUGAAGGAAACAAAAUAGUACAACCUCAGAUUAGAAGAGAAGGACAAAAGAAGUGUUCAACACCUAAGAAGAAAACUAAAAAACAAACUGGUGGUGUGGGGGAACGUGUUAAUCGCACACCAGCUCAUUCAAUGCGAAUGGAUCUUAAAGUUGUAGGUUUGAGCUCAGAUUCAAAAAAGAACAUGAAACCCAAAGUCAAUGUGAAGAAGUUUGAUAGAGGAAAUUCAAGUUAUGAUUAUGUUGUCUACUUAUUGGCAGGUUUGAUUGAAAGUUAUGACAUGACAGAAGAUAGUGGAAUAAAUAAGGAAAAUGAAUUAAGAACAAAAAGACGAUUUGAUAAAUGUAAGAUAAAAGGAAAAGAUAAUGUUACUAACAAGAAGCUUGAUGAAGAUGAAGACUCUGAUUUUGAAGAUGACAAACUUGUGGUAACAAGGAAAAAGAGAAGGCAUUAUACUUCAUUCAAAAAUGAUGACAAAGAAAAUGUGAAGAAAUUUAAAAGACAAAGGAAUAAAGAAGGAAAUGUAGUGAAGGCAAGAAAACUGCCUAAAGUUGUAGCAAGUGAUGCAUAA